AUGAUGACGACCUCGCUCUCCACCACGACGAUGCGGCUGGUGCGCUGCGGUGUUGCUGCAGUGCAGGUUGGGCGCAGGGCGCUCUCACAGCAGCAGCAUCAUCACCAUGCCGUCAUUGACCUUCGAUCAGACACCGUCACCGUUCCUUCGCAGCGCAUGCGCGAGGCAAUGGUGACUGCGGUGGUGGGGGAUGACGUGUAUGGGGAGGAUCCGACAGUGAACGAGCUUGAGCGGUACGCAGCGGAGCUGCUGGGCAAGGAGCAGGCGCUGUUUGUCCCAACAGGGUGCAUGGGCAACGCCAUCUCCAUUGCAGCCCACUGCCAGCGCGGCGACGAGCUCAUCUGCGGGGAUCGCAGCCACAUCUUCAACUACGAGGGCGGUAACGCGUCCACGCUGUUUGGUGUCGCCAUGCACCCGAUCCGCAACAGGCCAGAUGGCACCUUUGAUCUUGAAGACGCGCACGCGGCCCUGCGGCCGGACGACCCGCACUUCACACACUCGCGCCUCGUCUGCGUGGAGAACACACACAACAUGUGCGGCGGCAAAGUGGCUCCGCUCAGCUUCAUCAACGACGUGCGCGCGUUCUGCGACAAACACGGGCUCAAGCUGCACAUGGACGGCGCCCGCGUUGGCAAUGCAGCAGCCGCCCUCGAAGUGCCCGUAUCCGAGAUUGUCGCUCCCGUGGACACGGUGUCGCUGUGCCUGAGCAAAGGCCUGGGCGCACCUGUUGGCUCCAUCGUUGCCGGCCCCGCAGACUUUAUGUACCACGCGCGACGCACGCGCAAGCUGUUGGGCGGAGGCAUGCGACAGGCCGGCAUCAUUGCCGCCGCGGGCAUGAUGGCGCUCAAGGAGAACCUGCACCGCAUGCACGUUGAUCACGCCCACGCAAAGGAGCUUGCACGUAACUUGUCAACCAUGAACGGGAUUGACAUCUCGCUUGACGAUGUUCACUCCAACAUCAUCGUGUUUGCCCUCGACUCUCCGCUCAAGUGCGCAGACUAUGUGGCGGCGCUGAAAGAGCGUGGUGUACUGGUUGGUCUCGGGUACGAUCCGCGUGUCAUCCGGGCAGUGACGCAUCUCAACGUCUCCAGCGAGGACAUUGAGGACGCAAGCGAACGCUUCAAAGUCGCUCUUGACGACAUUCGCGCAAAGCUCUGA